CCGGUGGGGAUGGUGGAAGUGGGAGGUUUUACUGUGGUACACAGGCGGCGCACAUAUAAAACAAGUGGUUGCGGGUGUUUUGCGGAAGAAGGUGGUCGCUGAUGCUGCGGAGGCGGAGUAACGGAUACAGUUAAAGAGCGACACCGCAGCGCUUCUUGCUUUUUAUUUGUGUUUUUGUUUACCGGGAUGCCGCCGGCGCUCGGGACACCGCGGACGCUGUGAGAAAACUUCUUGUGUUUGAGACGCGGAGAGUCGCGCUGACUCACCCCCCAGGGCGCCUGUUCACGCGCCCACCGGAGCUUCUGCCCCCACGCGCGGGUAUUUCCUUAUUAUUAUUAUUAUAUAUUUUAAUGAACACUACGCUGUCAGCCUUUAUUUUGUAUCCGCAUAAGCAAGCGGAGCGUGUCGCUGUUCCAGCUGCUCUGCGCCUGUGACCUGUAUGUGAUCAUCAAGGAUAAAUGUAACAAUUUCUGCGCUCGGCCCCACGCGGCGACUCCCUGCAGAGCUGUCGGUCUGUGCUCCCGCGAGUCCCGGUGCGGUCCUGUCGCGGUUUUUCCAGCCUCUUCUCAGGAAACGUCUCGCUGCAGUUAUUGUGAAUAAUCACAUCGCCGUUUCCCUUUUUUUUCCUAACAGAGAGUAAAAACACAGGUUCCCAUAAUAAAGAAAUCAGUGCAUCUCAGGCUGAACCGUAAUAAUUGCGCACCAGCUUUAUGAAUAACGUAAUUAUUAUCUGACCUAAGUGUGCCUUCCGAGCGCAAUAAUAACGCCGUUAUUAACGGUCCCUUUUUUAACGUUUUUUACAUAAAUCCCCGCGAUAUUUUGCGGACUCUUGUUUACAUGGUUUUUUUUGCCACACACAGUGUUUGCCUUUUUUUAUUGGUGACUAACCUCGAUACUUCGACUACAUGAGCAUGAGAUAUAAUUAAUAAAUAAAAAAAAAAAAAAAAAAAAAAAAGCCAUCAAAGGACUAGAAGCGAUUCGAGCCCAACACCAUCAGUGACCUCGAGAACCGGCAGCGAUGACGGACGGUGCGCGGCACCGGGGAGGCGCGCCCCCCUCCACUGGCGGGGACGGCUCCUCGGACCCGGGCAAGGACGCGGGCACUGGUGGAGUGGCUCUCAAGAAGGAGAUCGGCCUGAUCAGCGCCUGCGGCAUCAUUGUGGGUAAUAUCAUUGGCUCAGGGAUAUUCGUGAGUCCAAAGGGAGUCCUGGAGAACGCCAGCUCGGUCGGCCUGGCGCUCAUUGUGUGGAUCGUGACGGGAAUCAUCACUGCCAUCGGGGCACUGUGCUAUGCAGAGCUGGGCGUCACCAUCCCCAAGUCGGGGGGGGACUACUCCUACGUGAAGGACAUCUUUGGAGGACUAGCAGGGUUCCUGCGCCUGUGGAUUGCCGUGCUGGUCAUCUACCCCACCAACCAGGCUGUAAUCGCACUCACUUUCUCCAACUACGUGCUGCAGCCCCUGUUCCCCACCUGCUUUCCUCCUGAGAAUGGGCUGCGGCUGUUGGCUGCAGUCUGUCUGUUGUUGCUGACGUGGGUCAACUGUGCCAGCGUGCGCUGGGCCACCCGAGUCCAGGACAUCUUCACGGCGGGGAAGCUGCUCGCUCUGGCCCUCAUCAUUAUCAUGGGCAUCGUGCAGAUCUGCAAGGGCGAGUACUACUGGCUGGAGCCGGCCCACGCCUUCGAGAGCUUCCAGGAGUAUGACGUUGGGCUCAUCGCCCUCGCCUUCCUGCAGGGAUCCUUCGCUUACGGCGGCUGGAACUUCCUCAACUACGUUACGGAGGAGCUCGUGGACCCUUACACGAACCUGCCCCGAGCCAUCUUCAUCUCCAUCCCCCUCGUGACGUUCGUCUACGUCUUCGCCAACAUCGCCUACGUCACCGCGAUGAGCCCUCAGGAGCUGCUGGCCUCCAACGCCGUGGCUGUGACAUUUGGUGAGAAGCUUCUGGGAGUGAUGUCAUGGAUCAUGCCCAUCUCUGUGGCUCUCUCUACCUUCGGGGGGGUCAAUGGAUCCCUCUUCACCUCGUCCCGGCUCUUUUUUGCGGGGGCCAGAGAGGGACACCUUCCCAGCCUCUUGGCCAUGAUUCACGUCAAGCGGUGCACCCCAAUCCCAGCGCUCCUCUUCACGUGCGUGUCCACCCUGCUGAUGCUGUGCACCAGUGACAUGUACACACUCAUCAACUACGUUGGUUUCAUCAACUACCUCUUCUAUGGGGUCACUGUGGCCGGACAGAUCGUGUUGCGCGUCAAGCAGCCGGAGAUGCAUCGGCCAAUCAAGAUAAGCCUGGUGUGGCCCGUGAUCUACCUGCUCUUCUGGGCCUUCCUGCUCAUCUUCUCCCUGUAUUCUGAGCCGGUGGUGUGCGGCAUUGGUCUGGCCAUCAUGCUCACGGGGGUCCCAGUCUACUUCCUGGGUGUCUACUGGGACAAGAAGCCCCAGUGCUUCAACACCUUUGUUGACAAGCUGACGUAUGGAGGGCAGAAGUUCUGCGUGGUGGUUUACCCAGCGGAGGAAGAGAAGCAAGCUGGAGGGGGGAUGGAGGAGAGAUCACCUCUCUCUGAGGAGGGGGAGAUUGAUGUAGGGGUGCAGAAAUCGGCAGACUGCUGAACUCUCUCUCUCUCACACACAGAGGAGAAUCGUUUUACACUCUGUAUGGUUCACAUAGGUACACACAGACACAUGCCUUCACGCACAUAUAUACAUGUAUAUAUCAAAGUAUAGAUUUUAGUUUUAAUUAUGGUUAUUUUAAUUGAGGUAUUGUCACACUCAUGAUGAGUUAUUGAACAGGAGGGGAUGGACUGGGUUCGUUGGAUUCUGUGGACGCUCUUGCUAAAUCAGCUGUUCCAUUCAGGUAAUAUUGGAGCACAGGUGGAAGUUUUCCGUGUCUUUAUAAUAUUCUCACUCCAGGACACUGACCUGUUUAUUUCCUGCACUCGCACCAAGACACGGCACCUAUGUGUGUCUAACUGUUUCCAUUUUAUUUAUCACAUGUACAAAUCACCUUUUUGUCUCAAUUAUAUUUUCUCAAUUUUUAUUAGAACUUAGAGCUCAGAUAGUUUUAGUUCUUUAAUUUUUACUUGCAGAUAGCCUAUAGUUGGUUUUU